AAAACASCAUUCAAUUGCUGCUCUUACACGAGAAUCGCAAAUGAUGUGGUGCUUAAUGCUUGUUGCCCUUCUCGGGCCCGCCCUUAUAAACGCAUGUGGCAAAAGUCCUGUUUACGGCUCACGUGUUGUUAAUGGCGUCAAUGCCAGCCCUCACGCCUGGCCCUGGCAGAUCUCUCUACGGGUUAAUGGCCGUCACAUCUGUGGUGGUUCUUUAAUCAAAAACAACUGGGUUGUUACUGCAGCUCACUGUGUGGACAGGAACCCCAGUCCUAGUGGAUACACUGUCGUUGUAGGAGCGCACAGCAGACUUGGUACAACAGCCGUUCAACGWACAUUUCGCCUGACAAAGGUCAUYAAGCAUGAAGGGUUCAGUAUGAGACAUCUGAGAAACGACAUCGCUCUUCUWCAGCUUAGUGGAUCUGUUACCGCAAGCUCUAAGGUAAACGUUGUUUGUCUCCCACAAAAAGGAUCGARCGCACAAAUUGGCAAGAAUUGCUACAUCACAGGAUGGGGACGCACAGUUGGUGGUGGAAGUGCAGCCAGUAUUCUUCAACAAGCACUUCUUCCUGUUGCCUCUCACAGCGCCUGCAGCCGAGUCAAUGGUCGACUCRUUCCAGUUGACCAACGUUCCAUGAUCUGCGCUGGAGGAAGAGGCAAGGGUGGUUGUCAAGGRGACAGUGGAGGACCGUUCGUGUGUAAYGAAGGUGGUCGCUGGGUGUURCGUGGUGCUGUCAGCUGGGGACAUAGCAUGUGCCGUACUGACCACUACACAGUGUUUGCACGUGUUAGCAACUUCAUUGAUUGGAUUAACAGUAAGAUGUCUGGCGGUGGUGGCGGUGGCGGUGGCGGUGGCGGUGGUGGAGGAGUUUGCAAAGACAACCAUCAAUACUGCCCAUACUGGACGAGAUACUGCUCUUAUCAUACAUGGGUCAAAGCUAAUUGUAAGAGGACUUGCAGACUAUGCUAAUGGCCCAUUGUUUCAAAGAGCUCGCCAGAAAUGGAAAAAAUUACACCUUGGAAAGAACUAGUUAYAUGAUGUUUCAAAUGAUUUAUGUUUUCAAAUGAUUAAAACUUAACUGUUGGUGUUAAAAUUAAAAGAGACACGACAAUUCA